AUGGACUUGAUUAUCAAGAAGGGCAAGUUGAGGCGGGGUGGGAAGGGUCAACCUAGAGUUAGGUGGGGCAGCCUUACUCCGAUUAGUGCUUUAGAGAUAGGGGUGAAGUUGGAGGGAAAAGGGGUGUGGAAGUAUAGGGUGUAUGUGGAUAGUAUGUGGAAUAGGGCUGUUGGUUGCAUUAGGGAGUCUGCUAGGGAGGUGUUGGGUGUUUCGAGAGGCUGGUCUGACCGGUAUCAGGGGGAUUGGUGGUGGAAUGAAGAUGUUAAGAAGAAUAUGGAGACGAAGAAGGCGGCUUAUGCUAAGAGCAAGAUGGAGUACUUGGAAUGCAAGUUUAGUGACUCAAGGCGCGAGGAGGAGGUGGUAGUGAAGUUGGAUUCUCAGGCGGUUUGCAAGUGGAGUAGUUUUAAGUAUCUCGGGUCUAUGAUUCAUGGGAAUAGAGAUAUAGAUGAGGAUGUCUCUCACCAUAUUGGGGCUGGUUGGAUUAAAUGGAGGCUCGUUUCAGGAAUUUCAUACAAUAAGAAGGUGCCCCCCAAGAUAAAAGGCAAAUUCUAUAGAAUUGCAAUCUGGCCUGCUUUGUUGUAUGGAGCGGAGUGUUAG